UCCAUAAUAAUAUGACUAAUAUGUUAAUUAUGAUACAAAGUAUAUAGAUAAUAGAGUCUAUAGACUCUAUAAGAUGAUUAUUUUAUGAUAGAAAUAGAUCUAAGCUUGAUUCUAGAUCCAGUGACUCUGAAUCCAGUGGCAGAUUGUCAUUUGUUAUUUAUAAGACAGGAUAAACAUAAGAUAAUUGACCCGAAAAACUCUAGCUAGAGGGGCUAUAAUAGGGGGGCCUUUGAUAUUUGACUUCAUAAUCUAGUCUAUAAUAAUAUUUUUAUAUUGUGAUGAUAUAAUAUAUCUAUAUAUGUAUGCAUGUAUAUAUCAUUAUAUGCACCUUAUGAAAGGGGAACUUUUUUUUUAUUUAUAUAGAAUAGAUCUAUAUAUAUAUAUUAAAAUAUAUUAGUAGGCCUAUAUAUAGAUCUAGAUUUAUGCUACUUCUAGUAAAUGGAUAAUUCAAUUGAAGGAUUGACAUAUUAUCUUUUACUGCUUCCAUCCACUUUGAUUAUUUUUGUAAUUGUGGCAUUUAUAAACUGGCUUGGUCUUCGCUUCUUUAUCCACAAUUAAUAGUAACAGCUUAAGUAAACAGAUGUCACUGUCACUUUUUGGCUGUGGUUAUAAUGGAUUUUUGAAAUUAUCUAAUAUUAAAUUACUAGAUGUGGAGAGCAAAUCAAAAGUGCUACAGGAAGCUACACAAACAUUGAAAAUAUUAUCACCUUUGUUUUUGAUUCAGCUCAAAGAAAAAGAAGAUGUACACAGUAUUGCAAUAACUUGGGCACGCUUAGGAAUAACUAUGAAGAGAAUGAAUACAUUUUGCUCCUUUAUAACUGAACUCAGUAACAACAAAUAUGCAAGUCAAAGUGGCCUUCAAGUUUUUGACAAUUGUAUUAUUAAAGCAUCUACAGAGCAAGAGAUACUUGUGAAAACACCAGAUGUAAGCAAAUAUUUGAUUUUAAAGGACAAUGCAAAUGAAAGCCUACAUAUUGAUGCUGUAGUUGAAACAGAUUUAAUAUGUGGAACCCAUCACGCAUAUUUUGUCAGUUCAAAUGAAAGAUUUGGUGAGCUUGAUCCCACAAAGAACAGACACCAAAAUGAAAAGGUACAGACCUCUGUGGCAGUCUGUCCUAUUUCAUCUAGAUUUAGGAUACGAGAAAUGAGCUGUGGGAAGGAACAUGUUUUACUUUUAGACGACACUGGUAGUAUUUACAGCUAUGGAGGUGGGAGCAAAGGACAACUUGGUCACAGCACAGUAGAGUCUAAAUCUUUACCAACAGUAAUUGAUGCAUUACAUGGACUUACCAUCAAAACUAUUUCAGCAGGAGGGUGGCACUCAGCAGCUAUUUCAGUAUUUGGUGAUCUCUACAUGUGGGGAUGGAAUGAGAGUGGUCAGUUGGGCCUAGCAUCUUUGGACAAGGAGGAAACUAGUUCAACCAUUGUGACUGAACCAAAAUGUAUAUAUUUCUCUAGUGAUCUUAAUGUUGUAUCAGUUUCCUGUGGCUCAAGACACACAGUUGUAUUAACAGGUGGUGGACAAGUAUUAGCCAGUGGCUGGAAUAGAUAUGGACAACUAGGACUGGGGGAUACAAUCAACAGAUGGAACUUUACACAGUUGGCCUCUAUACCUUUUAUCACCUUUCAAAAAGUGUUUGCUGGACACUGGAAUACAAUAUUUCUAUGUCAACAAUCAAAACUAUGAAAAAUGGUUUGAAAUUAUUAUUAAAAGAAUUUUUAUUGUU